AAGAUUUGAUUUAUUAUAAGACAUCCAUGCUUCUUCAGAUCCAAGGUUUCAAUCUAUGGAUUAAGAAAAGGCUAGGGGGACAGUUAGGUGGGUCUGUGGAUUGAAAGCCAGGCCUACAGUCCAGAGAUCCUGAGAUCCAAUCUGUGUGUUCUUGAGCAAGUCCCUUAACCCCCAUUGCCUAGUCCUUACUACUCUUCUGCUUUGUAACCAAUACACAGUAUUGAUUCUAAGAUUGAAGAGGAGAAGAGAGGAAGGAAGGGGAAGAGAGGAGAGGAGAAAGGCUGGAUAUGAAAUAUGAAAAUAUAUUUUCAAAAGUUAAAAUUGGUCACAGUAUUCAUUUUACUGAUAUUUUUCUGCCCCAGACUCAAAGAGACUAAUGUCAUUGACCUCAUCGCUUUUUUAUUUUUCCCUGAAUCAGGUCAAGCACUUUCAGUCAUUCUUCUAUGUAAAAUCUUCAAAGGAAAAGCAGGCCAUAGUCAACUAGAGAAGCUUGCAGGUUUUUACUUAUCUGUUUUUCACUCCUUUGUUAUCAAAGAAAAACAGCAAAGGGAAAGAGGGGUGGAAUUGUGGGAUGCUUAUGCAGAAAAGAGAGUAAAAACAAAAAGCUGGGUGUGGAGUGUGUGUAAUAACUGCUAUCACAGGAGUAAGUAUCACUGCUAUCACAGUGGGUUUAGCAGGUGACUUAAUUGAACACUAACAUGGGGGGUGGGUGGGGUGGCACAAGACAAAUUGCCCAAAGAGGGAUAAACCAGCUCAAGUCAGAAAAUGUUCCUAAAGUAGGUCAAAGUUUCUAAUCCAUAAAGGUGUGAGAACAAGUCUGGGAGACCGUCUUUGAAAAAAUGAAUAAAAACAAAUGAAAUGAAUUUUUUUAAAUUUCAGUGUUCCUUAAUGCCUCUUAAAUGAAAUUUUAAAAUCCUCAGCCUAGCAUUGAAACAGCCUAGACCCUCCAUAGUCUAGCUCCUACCUUGUUAUCCACUCUUAUUUCAUACAAACUUCUUUCACUCACCCUAAAUUUAACCCCUAAUUUUAACCUUAACAACUCCAAGUUUGAUAGAACAGGCCUACUAAUUGUCCCCCUCAUCUCUUGCCUCAGUUCUUUCUCCCCAUGGGUGAAAUACCUUCCCUCUCUCAUUAUCUCUUCAUCUCAGAAUCCCACCCCCUUACAGUCACAUGCUUAGGUACCAACAACUCCCCCACAAGGCUUUUCUUGAUUCUUCCAGUUAGUGUUCUUUAACCCCUUGGAGUAACUUUGUACAUAUUAUUGUCUACUAAUCUGUAUACAUGAUCAAUUUUAGUCCCUUGAGGACAAGGGCACCUUCCUUUUCGGUCUCUGGCUCUCAAGUGCCUAGGACACCCAGUGCCUAAAAUAUAACAAGCACUUAAUGUUUGUUGAACUGAAUGUAAUUUUUCAGGAUUCCUAUCAGUACCCGGGAAAAUAGGGUUAAGGAGGAAACUACAGCAUGAACUCUGUGGAUAAAGGAACUUAAAAGAGUAUAGCCUCAUGAUUUGUUUUCUGAUUUCAAUCUUGUUUUGUAUCCAUAGUGCUUCUAGGUGGCACAAUGGAUAGAGUGCUCGACCUAGAGCCAAGAUAAACAAAUCCAGCCUCAUAUACUUACUAGCUGUCUGACCCUAGGCAAGUCUUUUAACCUCCAUUUGCCUCAGUUUCCUCAUAUGUAAAAUGGGGUACAAUAGAGCCUACCUCCCUUCACUCAUUUCAGACAAAACAAUAGAACCUAAGGGAGACUUCAAUCAAAUGUUAACCCUUUGGUCUUAGUAGUUUCUCCCACUGUAACAAAGACUUCUCCCAGGCAGUCCAGUCCAGGGCUGACCCCUUCCCUUUUGUAUCCAUUGCAAAACAUCAGCCUCACCCUGAUAAUCCUGUCUUGGGCUUCCCAUUUCCUUGUAACCAUGGUAAUGCCAGUCAAUGUUACUUCUUUUGUCCUUAGUUUCCCAAAAGGUAUAGGAGUUCUAUUGUCCUUUGGAGAAUCAUCUAGCAUGGUGAUCCUCUCAGAGAUACUGUUGCCAGAGUGCCAGAGCCUGUGGUUGUGUGUGGUUUUUCGGCCCUUGGACUUUGUGGCAGCAGAAUAUUGAACUCUAUCCCUCUCCUGAUUAAAGACUUGCUUUUUCUGACUCUUUUAGUAGCUCUGUAUUUUUCUGGGGUUAACAGUCUACACAGAUUGACAAUAAGAACAACAAAAAUGUAUUUAUUGGUUCUUUCUCUAGAGAUAGACACUCACAAGUUGUUCUUUAAACAUUAGUUUUGUAGCUAUACAUAAUGUUCACUUAUAGGUUAAGUUUUUUAUCAAUUACUUGAUGUGGGGAAGCUGGGUAGCUCAGUGGAUUGAAAGCCAGGCCUAGAGGUCCUAGGUUUAAAUCUGACCUCAACCACUUCCAAGCUGUGUGACCCUGGGCAAGUCAUUUAACCCCCACUGCCUAGCCCUUACUGAUUCCAAGAAGGUAAGGAAUGUUAAAAAAAUAAAUAAAUAACUUGAUGGUUGUUUGACACUUAUAUAGUAUUUUAGGGUUUGCAAAGGAAUUCACAGAGUUCUGAUUUUACCUCACAAAUUUAUUAUGAGCUUAAGAGCUGUGAAGAUUAAAUUUAACUCUCCCCUAAUUGGGAAGAUGAAAUUGUAACCCUGCCUAUUUUUAGAUCCAAUCACCAAAAGUGUAAACACCCCAUUCACACUUGAGUGGGGGUGGGAGGCAGAGUCUGUGACCCACCUGGGCAAUAGUGGGUGAUGAAUCAGAAUGAAACUAACUGCCCCUGGGCAGUCUUAAAGCAAAGCUUCAACUGUAAUUGGUAAUUAGGGGAAGGCACAGGAAGUGACCCAAAAGAAAGUAUCUUUAAAAGGGAGUUACAACUUUCUGAGUGGAGUUCUGAGUUUGAGUUGAGACUGGAGAAGAAUCUGCUGACUGGACCUGAAUGAGGCUGUUCUUAGGUCUCUUCCCAUUGAACUGACACAUACAUGGUGAGUGAAAAGGCUGACUCCUUUCCUAGAUAUUUUCUGAGGAAACUAGCCUCAGGAGAGACCCACCUCUUGAGAGUUUUCCCCAAGUCCUCAGCUUUGUUGAGAGCCCUUGAAACUAACUCUCCCUGCCCAGGUUGAGCCAGGGGCCAGGAGCAAAUUAGUUCAUGCUUAGGCACUAACUUCUCUUACCCUAUCCUCUCUCUGAUUUUCUGUACUCUUUCUAUAUUUUGUAAAUAAAUUGAAAAUAAAUCCCUUUGGAAUUCAUAUAAAUUCUUGGUGACGCUAUUUUAAAUAGAACCCAGUCCAACCUUUUAGAAUAUAACCCCUUUCUCCCCUUACAGAGCUAUAGGGAUUCUGAGCUCUUCUUGACAGAUGAGGAAACUGACACCAAGAGAAGUGAAGUGAUUUGUUUAGGGCCACAUAGUUAGUAAAUGACUGAACAGUUUCUUCUGGUUCUAACUCCUUUACUCUAACCAUUAUACCACUAUGCCUUCCAGAAGGGGUAAUAUGUUCUAUUUAUAGAUGCUUCUAGAUAUGUAACAUAUAAAGAGUUGCUUUAUAUGCCCUGUAAACUUCUAAAUUCUUUAUGGUUUUCAGCAGAUGUGAACUUCAGGAAUAUAAGCACACAUGUUGUUCCUCAGGCUUAGAACUUUUCUUUUUCACCUUCCACCCAGAGAACUGGGGUGUAGACACUUGGCAAUAACACACAUUCAUCAAUCCAGAUACCCAGAUACUCUAGGGUAUUGUUAAAUACUACAAAAACCUCAUUAAUUUGAAAUCUCAUGAUUAGGGGAGGAGGCAAGAUGACAUUUUUCUAACUAUUAAAAAAUGUAUAUUAAAAAGAGAGAAAAGAAGAUAAAGACUUCAACUCUUAAAACUUAAAUUGCCUAUUUAUAAUAGGAUAGAUGUAAGGAAGAAAGGAAACAAGCAUUUAUUAAAUGCCUAUUAUGUCAGGAACUGUGUUAAGCACUGUACAAAUCUCUCUCAUUUUUCCCUCACAACUCCUCUAGGAAGUAGGUGGGAUUAUGACUCCAUUUUAUAGUUGAGGAAAUUGAGACAGAAAGAGGUUAAGUGACUUCCCUCUGGUCACACUGGAUAAGUAUCUGAGAUGAGAUUUGAACUCAGGACUUCCAGAUUCCAGGCUGUGAACUUUAAAACUACCCCACCCUACUCAGACCUGUUACUUGAGAUUUGAUUCAGCUACCUCCUACUUGGUCUAACAGAAUCAGGAAUGUCUUGGGAACUUUUAAAUUACUGCACCCUACUUAAGAUACUUAAGAUACAUACUUACCUUUGGGGGAAGAUAAAAUUGUAAUCUGCUGAUUGAACAAUGAAGAUACUUAGUUCUCACCUUAUAGUCAAGCUAGAACUUUAAGCUAAGUCUAUUUUUAGAUCUAAUACAAAAAGGUGUUAAGUAACUGUAAAGGUUAAAUUAAUCACUAAAAGGUCAAGUAACUCACAAAAGGUGAACUUCACAAAGAGGUGUGAAGUAACUCAAAGGAUAUAAUCAAAUCAAAGAAGGUGAGAACUAAAAGUAUGGGCAGUCCUGGAGAAAAAGUCUUUGAUGUGAUUGGAAGAUGUGAAAACUUAGAGGAGGAGACACAAGGGUGAGCGGUCUAUAUAUUUGGGAUUUUUCCUGUCAAAAACACACUCUUCCCCCCUGCAGCCACUUCCAAGAUGGCAAUGUCUCUGGGCUCCAACACCUACAAUAGGCAGAACUGGGAGGACUCAGACUUCCCUAUUCUAUGUCAGACAUGCCUUGGAGAAAAUCCUUACGUUCGGAUGACCAAAGACAUAUAUGGAAAAGCAUGCAAAAUUUGUGCCAAGCCGUUCACAGUGUUCCGCUGGUGCCCCGGGGUUCGCAUGCGUUUUAAGAAGACUGAAGUGUGCCAAACCUGCAGCAAGCUAAAAAAUGUGUGUCAGACCUGCCUUUUGGACCUAGAAUAUGGCUUACCUAUUCAGGUUCGUGAUGUGGGACUGUCCCUUAAAGAUGACAUGCCCAAGUCUGAUGUGAACCAAGAAUACUACACACAGAAUGUUGAGCGAGAGAUUUCUAACUCUGAUGGAACCCGGCCAGUUGGCCUUCUUGGGAAGGCUACAGCUACCAGUGACAUGCUGCUCAAAUUGGCUCGCACCACCCCUUACUACAAACGGAACCAUCCUCACAUUUGUUCCUUCUGGGUGAAAGGAGAAUGUAAGAGAGGAGAGGAGUGUCCAUAUAGACAUGAGAAGCCUACAAAUCCUGAGGAUCCUCUUGCUGAUCAGAAUAUCAAAGACCGAUAUUAUGCCAUUAAUGACCCUGUGGCAGACAAGCUUCUGAAAAGGGCUUCCACAAUGCCUCAUCUGGACCCCCCAGAUGAUAAGACUAUCACCACACUCUAUGUUGGAGGCCUUGGAGAUACAAUCAGUGAGGCAGAUCUCAGAAAUCAUUUUUACCAGUUUGGUGAGAUACGAACGAUAACCGUGGUGCAGAGGCAGCACUGUGCUUUCAUACAGUUUGCCACAAGGCAAGCUGCAGAGAUGGCUGCUGAGAAGUCCUUUAACAAACUGAUCCUCAAUGGAAGAAGGCUUAAUGUGAAAUGGGGAAGAUCACAGGCAGCCAGAGGAAAAGAAAAGGAAAAAGAAGGAACCACAGACUCUGGACUUAAGCUGGAGCCUGUUCCUGGACUUCCUGGAGCUCUUCCUCCUCCUCCUCCUCCUCCAACAGCUGAAGAAGCCUCUGCCAAUUAUUUUAAUCUCCCUCCCAGUGGUCUCCCAGCAGUGGUUAAUAUUGCCCUGCCCCCACCUUCUAGAAUUGCACCUCCAUCCCCACCAGGUUUUGGACCACAAGUGUUCCACCCAAUGGGACCACCUCCUCCCUUCAUGCCAGCUCCAGGCCCCAUCCACUAUCCUUCCCAGGAUCCCCAGAGGAUGGGGGCUCAUGCAGGAAAACACAGCAGUUCCUAACAUCCUGCCCUGUGCUUGGGCUCUGAGUCAGAAAGGCGCUUUAGAAAUAUAUAUUUUUUUCUAUGUAAGUUUUCAUGGUAGCAUUUAACAUGCUAAGAUAUGGGCAAAAAAGAGAACUGGAGCCACGUUCCUGAGUCCAGGGCAAGUGGAGGAGCCCUGUUAAACUGAUAUGAACCAAUCUGGUCACUACCUAAACAUGUCCUUCUGGUUUUUGACCAUACAGGAAAAAGAGGGUCAGGGUGAGUUUGGAGUUUCUGGGAACCUUUAAGAGAGUCAUAAUUCUAAUUGUAUAUAUUUUUUUGUGUUUUGGUUUGACAGACUUUGACCUGGGUUGAAAAUAAAGAUUCAACAAUGUUUUAAAUUCAUUCUUUUGCUAGUACCAGUCAUUAGGGGGAGUCAUUAAGUAUGAUUUCCCUGUUACCCAAAGUCAAACUUGUGAAAAGUGAACACCCCUAGCUAGAUACUUUCUUUCCUCCCUUAUCCUCCUCUCACUAAAGGAGCCUCUGCAACAAAACAAAACAAAUUUCUAUUCAGUC